AUGGGACAGUCUUCUUCUACGGCUCGAAAUCCAUCCGAUAUUGGCUUUCCGGAUUACCUGACCCCGGCCUCGAUUGUGCGUGACCCCAGCACGCGGGAUGAAGACAUGAACCACAGGCAACCAUUUGAGCAGAACGGAGAGGCUGGUACCUCGUCCACAGCGGAAAUGAACUCAACUAGUCCACACGAUUUCGAACCGAACCAAACAAACGAGCCGCCGGAAACAGGGCAACAACCCACAAGCCACUUUGGAGGGGGUUCACAUCCAAUGCGAAGCAUCGAAGAGGAAGAUGUACCGGAACUGGAGGCAAAUGAAAGGGAUUACCGCUCCACGGCUAUGACACGCAUGGCGGCGAGAAGGCAAUCUACCAUGUCAAGGCUGGGUUCCAGGAUUCUACCCAAUUCCGUCAUCCGAGGUCUCCUGAGCAGCCAGGAAGAGACACCUGCAGAGGGCCAUGCACACAGGCAUGGAUUAGUAUCGAGGACACCGCCAAGGUCUGAAUCAGCACAUAGCAGUGGCCGCUUCAGCCCAUUCAGUGCCCUUGGUUCUCGGGGAAUCAGCCGCCGACGUUCCGCUCGGGGGCCGUAUCUCAUUCCCCCACGUGCCGAAUCGUCAGUCAUAGCGGAUACGGCAACUGGCUCACCAUUUCUCGAUAAUACCGCUGACCGUCUAACUGAGCCCGGUCGAGCCUCUUGGCGUCGGAGUGGUCGACUGCAUCGGGUGCGCCAUUCUUUAUCAACACCCAUAUCCCAUAUGUUUGGUCAACCUUCGUUAGGCAAUUCGUCACAAGAAGAUGACUCUUCACGCCUGUCACACGGGCCUUCUCUGAGCGAUAGCUUGCCUAGUGCUAUGGACACUCGACUAGAUUUCGGAGCGCCUUUGCAUGAAUUGGACUCGGUUGAGCCAAGCGUGCACGCUAAUGGAGCUACACCUUCUGGCAAUCCCCAGUUAAUGCGCCGACUGCCUGGUCUUUUGAGAGCACGAUCUGCACGCUCUUUGCGACGAGAAGAACAAACCCCUCUGUCUCGGGUGCUUCAACUUGCCGCGGCAGCGAUUGCAGCUCAAUUGUCUGGUGCCAAUGGGCCUCCUUUGCCAAACAUUCAAGCACUAGGAAACGACGGCCUGGAUGGGUCUCUAGAGAACUUCAUCCAAAGUUUGCAGAGUGCCACAUCCACUCAAGCUCAGCCGACGGCAUCAGCAGAGGGAUCAAGCAACAAUGGAAAUGAAGGACCUUCACCCCCAGUCAAUUUUUUACGAGUCUUCCGAUUCGCCAACGCUGAUUCUCCUGUUGGUGCUAAUCCACUUGGUCGCAGCACCAGCGGAUCUGAGACUCCUGGAGCGCCAUCGGAUGGAAUGUCUGUUGAUGAGCCCCCAGAAACAGCGGAAGGACGAACAGUGACUCUGGUCGUUGUUGGGGUCAGGUCAGUGCCAGCUGGCAGUGGGGGCAACAGUGAACAUGGGCCACCAGCUCCAGGGGGCCCGGGGCUGGAUGCUCUGCUUGGGCUACCUUUCCUCUCGCCAAAUGCCAUUCCGCGGCCACACGAGGCACCUGGUGAUCUUGGACAGCGGACAGAUGGACGUCCUAGACUCCAUGUCCCACGCCCCCCAGGCUCUAUUCCCAGCGUAGCGGAGCUUCUACGGCACUCAGGCGCAAAUGCCCCCAGGAGAUUAUCCGACGCUGGCCCUCGCACCGCUUUGCCAAAUUUCCCUCUUUCAGCCUUAUCUGAAAGUCCACCGGGGCCCCCAUCCUCCACCCUCGACGCCCGCUGA